AAAACCAAGGAGGCUAUAACUCUCUCAAGGCCCUGAAUGCAUACACGGAUGUCACCAAGGUGUCCAACUCGCGCAAACUCCGGCAGGAAAGGGCAAGAUGCGCAACCGCCGCUACCGUCAACGUCGUGGCCCUCUUGUCGUUUUCAAGGAAGACAACGGCAUCGUCCAGCCUUCCGUUGAACCUUCUCCAACUCGCUCCUGGUGGACACAUUGGCCGCUUCGUCAUCUGGACAGAGGGCGCCUUCAGCCUCCUUGAUGAGGUUCGGCACCUUCGACAAAGCCUCCUCGUACAAGAAGGACUACCUGCCCACGGGUACAGAAGCGCCCAUGGACGCAGAGAAGAACCCUCUCGUCAACAAGGGGUUCUCUUCCGCAUGAACCCUUACGCCAAGACCCUCCGCAGACAAGAGUUGCUCAAGCAGGAGCGUGUCAAGGCACAAAAAGACAAGAAAGGAAAGAAGGCCAAGGGCUCCUCUGCUGGAGAGGCUUUCCUCAACACGUUGUUCGCUCCUUGA